AUGUCAAUAUAUCCAACUCGCAUAGAAUCAACAUUGAAGGGUCAUAAAGGGCCCAUCAACGACGUAUGUUACAAUAAAACGGGCCAGUACUGCUUGUCAGCGGGAAGAGACAGAUCAAUUAGACUUUGGAAUCCAUCUACGGGUAUGCUGCUGCAUACUUACAAUGGACAUGGACGCGACGUCUUGGGUAUAGCAGUAUCAUCUGACAAUGGCAAGAUAGCCAGUGGAGGGGUGGAUAGAUCAGUGCUGUUGUGGGAUGUGGGUUCUGGUGAAAUCAUGCGCAGAUACACGGCGCAUUGGGAGCGUGUAAAUUCAGUAGCAUUCAACAACGAAUCAACAGUGCUUGUGAGUGGAUCGUUUGAUGCAACCAUUCGAUUAUGGGAUUUACGGUCCUCCAACUUUCAGCCCAUUCAAGUCAUAGAGGAUUGCAAAGAUAGCGUCAUGUCAGUAGAUGUACAAGGGGUCGAGAUCAUAGCAGGUUGCGCAGAUGGCAAAUUAAGGACAUACGAUUUGAGAGCAGGCGAUUUGAAGGAGGACUAUAUUGGACCUGCCAUUACAUCAGCAAGAUUAUCAAAAGACAAAAACUGCAUACUAGUCAGCACCCUGGAUGACACAAUGCGACUGAUGGAUAAAAGCAAUGGCAGAUUAUUAAACGAGUUCAAGGGCCACAAGCACAAGGAAUACAAGAUUGAUUCGAUACUGUCCAACACUGACGCCUAUGCUAUUACUGGAUCAGAAGAUGGUAAAAUUUACAUUUACGAUGUGCUGGAGGGAAACACGGUGCAAGUGCUUGAAGGACAUCAAGGCGUCGCCACGACAUUGGAUUAUCAUCCGGAGAAUAUAAACAUGUUGUCAGCUGGAUCUGAUGGUUUAAUUCACAUUUGGGGUUAA